AUGCCAAGGCGUGGGUCGACAUCGAGUGGUGAUCCAAAUACAAAGGCGAAACAGAGUGACAUGGCAGAGGCGGCGGCUGUCUCCGCAGGUAUGCAGGUUUUGAAGAGCGGCAGCGCAAUCAUCUUUGGCAACCUCAACACCAAGCUCAAAAAAGAUAAGGACCUCCGGAAGGCACUGGCGAGAAACAAGGAGUGGAUCAGGACCGAGAUGGAAUUGUUAUCGUUACAAGUCGGAGCUGGACACGGGCUGAGCGAGGAGGAGAAUGACCGCAGUGAGGCGUGGCACGUAUGGGCUCACAAGAUCCGCGAGCUCAAGUACGAAAUAGAGGACUGCAUUGUUUCCUAUGAAGGCAGGGUCACUUGCAAGAGCGAUGCACCCUGGUAUCGUCGCAAGCUUCACCCGGCAAUGACUCUGUCCACCCGCACUAGAUAUGCCAAGAAGAUGGCCGAAUUCAGGGAGCGUGUCAGCGGAUUGGUUCUACAGAGAGACGCGCAUGUCCAGAGCACCGCCGCUGUCAACGCUGCACCGGCAACAUGCCAAGCGACCAUCUACACCAAACCCAAGAAUAUCGUGGGCAUCUGCAAGUCCAAGAAUGCCCUCCUUGAGCUGUUAGACCUGCAAGCGUUCGUUGAGGGCCAACAGGAGAUCCUAGAGGUGGUCCAUGUCGAGUCUGAGAUUGUAGAGGUGGCCGAGGGCCAACCAGAGGUGGUCGAGCGCGAAACUGAAGGUCAGAAACUCAAGGUGGUGUCCGUCGUUGGGUUCGCGGGCCUGGGAAAGACCACCCUUGUGGAGUCGGUGUUCCAUAGUUAUGAUAUCACCCGGAGGUUUCCUCGUCGGGCGUGGGUGGCGGCGUCGAGUCACGAAAAAACAAGGGAUCUUCUCGUGGACAUAAUUAAUCAGUUGAAUCUGGCAGAAACAAUCAAGCCAAACUCUCUUCAGCCUCAGGACAUACUGGCAGAAAAACUCAACACAUGUCUGCAGAAUGGACCCAGGUACUUCGUCGUAAUUGAUGACCUGGCAACAGAAGUACACGAAUGGGAUGCCAUAAAAUCGGCCUUCCCUACGGAGGGAGCUGAUGGAAGAAUUAUUGUUACCACACGUAUUCAAUCGAUGGCUACAAGGUGCAGUUCAAAUGGAGGCUGUGUUCAUCAAAUGCAAGCUCUUGACAUGACUGAUUCUAAAACCUUAUUUCUCAAGGAAGUUUUCGGCGAUACAUGUACAUCUUGUACACCUGAUUUUGAGACAGGUUUAAAACGCAUCUUGAAGAAAUGUGAGGGUUGGCCAGUUGCUUUGCUUGACAUUGCUCAUCUAGUAAAGAGAUCCCAUGGAACACCGACUGGUGCCGACUGUCGGAAUAUCUGUGCUGAACUAGGUUCUCAUCUAGAUUGUCAUCAGACCAGAGACUUGGCAAGAACAAGGCAAGUGAUUGUCGAUAGCUUCCGUUUCAACAUCAGCAAGAAAGAUGAUGAGCGUCUCAGGACCUGCUUGUUGUAUGCAAGCAUAUACCAGAAGUUCGAUCGAACCAAAUGGAAAAGCCUACUCAGGCGAUUGUCAGCAGAAGGUAAUAGUAUCACUCCCACCCAAUUUGAAGAGUUGUUGGCAAAAGGUGAGAACAGUGUCGCUCGCGACCAAAUUGAGGAGCUGUUCAACCGAUGCAUCAUUCAUCGGCGGGACAUUAGGCAAAACUCUAGGGUGAAGUCAUAUCAGAUUGGUCCUGUACUGCUUGAAUUCAUGAUCUGCAAGCAAGCCUGCAGAAACUUCAUCACUCUGAUAGAAAAUGGCCAACGCCAACCUUAUUGUGGGAAGAAAGACAGUGCCGUUCGUCAACUCUACCUGAGUGGCAAAACUGCAAGGGCUGUCGAAGAGGACCGUCUGUCCAGUAUCAGGUCACUUACAAUCUCUGACCAUGAUGGCGAGGAACUGGUGGAUUUUGAAAAGUGUAAGAUGCUGCGAGUCUUGGAUGUAGAAAACUGUAAGAAGGUUGAGGACACAGACCUCCAGAAGAUUUGCAAGUUGUUGUACCUCAAUUAUCUGAACCUGAGAGGCACCAAUGUGAAGACGCUUCCAAGUAAAGCUGCAAAGCUACAUUACUUGCAGAUACUGGACAUGAGAGAGACAAGUGCAAACAUAGAAUUGCCUAUGGAAGUCCUAAUCCUGGGACAGCUAGUCCACCUGUUUGGCCGAUUUAAGCUACCUCCUGAGCUAAGCAAAGUUGGUACGGGGCAUACUCUGGUGAAACUUUUAGAAAGAGAGAGUAAACUGAAGACAUUUGCAGGGUUUGUCCUUGACGGUUGCAAUGGCUUUCAACACAUCAUGUCUGCCAUAACCACACUGAGGAAGGUUAAAUUCUGGUCCCGGAGUACUCAAGGAAAUAAAUUAGUCCAGUGCUUAGUCCCUUCCCUUCAGAAGCGCUUCACUGAAGAUUCUGCCCUAGACUCACUGUCAAUUGAUUUCGGCAAUGACUCCAUAGAUUUCCUUGACUCCCUACAAGGUCCUUGUGCUCUCGAAUCAAUCAAACUGCAUGGUAAACUAACAAGAUUGCCGGACUUCUUUCUCAAAGGUGGAUUUCUAGUUCGAGAGCUGCAACUUUCAAAAACUGGUUUGAGCUGCGAAGAUUUGUCAGACCUGCAACAGCUGGAUCUGUUGCUCUAUCUGAAGCUAGAUGAGGAUUCUCUCGUCUUUGUUGAUGGCACAUUUACCUUCCAGUCGGAUGGAUUCAAAAGCCUCAAGGGGCUGUGCUUUGAGACACCAAAGCUUCCAAAAAUUGAGGUCAUGGAAGGAGCCAUGCCUGUUCUUGAGUCUCUUCAGCUGUUUUCUCAGAAUAUACAAGGCCUGGAUGUGUCAGCAGUCAAAUGUCUCCAUCAUCUCAAGGAGGUGACUCUUCGCUCUUCAAUUGAUGCGCAAACAAUGCGAUUUUGGGAAGAUGAAGCAAAGAAGCACAAAAAUAGGCCAACAAUUGUUGUUGCUCAAAGUCAGAAUACAUAG